ACUACUUAUCCGGUUUCCUGUUCUAGGGAUGAAGACUGGAAUGAAUUCAAUGAUAUUAAUAAGAUCAUCAUCCGUCAGCCUAUUCGUACUGAAUACAAGAUUGCUUUUCCUUACCUGUAUAACAACCUUCCACACCAUGUCCACCUGACCUGGUACCACACUCCUAAUGUUGUAUUCAUCAAGACUGAGGAUCCUGAUUUGCCAGCUUUCUACUUUGAUCCUCUGAUCAACCCAAUCUCUCAUAGACACUCAGUCAAGAGCCAGGAACCAUUGCCUGAUGAUGAUGAGGAAUUUGAACUCCCUGAGUUUGUGGAGCCCUUUCUGAAGGACACACCCCUCUAUACAGACAAUACAGCCAAUGGCAUUGCCCUGCUCUGGGCACCACGGCCCUUUAACCUACGCUCUGGUCGUACCCGCCGGGCCCUGGACAUACCUCUUGUCAAGAACUGGUAUCGGGAGCAUUGUCCUGCUGGGCAGCCUGUGAAGGUGCGAGUCUCCUAUCAGAAGCUGCUUAAGUACUAUGUGCUGAAUGCCCUCAAGCAUCGGCCUCCUAAAGCCCAAAAGAAGAGGUAUCUGUUCCGCUCAUUCAAAGCUACCAAAUUCUUUCAGUCCACAAAGCUAGACUGGGUGGAGGUGGGGCUGCAGGUCUGCCGCCAGGGCUACAACAUGCUCAACCUUCUCAUUCACCGGAAGAACCUCAACUACCUGCACUUGGACUAUAACUUCAACCUGAAGCCUGUCAAGACGCUCACUACCAAGGAAAGAAAAAAAUCUCGUUUUGGGAAUGCGUUCCAUCUGUGUCGGGAAGUACUGCGGUUAACUAAGCUGGUUGUGGAUAGUCAUGUGCAGUACCGCUUGGGCAAUGUGGAUGCCUUCCAGCUGGCAGAUGGAUUGCAGUAUAUAUUUGCCCACGUGGGGCAGUUAACCGGCAUGUAUCGAUACAAAUAUAAACUGAUGAGGCAGAUCCGCAUGUGCAAGGACUUGAAGCAUCUCAUCUAUUACCGAUUCAAUACGGGCCCUGUAGGGAAAGGCCCUGGCUGUGGUUUCUGGGCUGCUGGCUGGCGAGUCUGGCUGUUCUUCAUGCGUGGAAUUACACCUUUGCUAGAGCGAUGGCUGGGCAACCUCCUGGCCCGACAGUUUGAAGGCCGUCACUCAAAGGGGGUAGCAAAGACAGUAACAAAGCAAAGAGUGGAGUCCCAUUUUGACCUUGAGCUUAGGGCAGCUGUGAUGCACGAUAUUCUGGACAUGAUGCCUGAAGGCAUCAAACAGAAUAAGGCCCGAACAAUUCUGCAGCACCUCAGUGAAGCCUGGCGCUGCUGGAAGGCCAACAUUCCCUGGAAGGUCCCAGGCCUGCCAACACCUAUAGAGAAUAUGAUUCUUCGGUAUGUUAAGGCCAAGGCUGAUUGGUGGACCAAUACUGCUCACUACAACCGUGAACGAAUCCGCCGUGGGGCCACUGUAGACAAGACUGUUUGCAAAAAGAACCUGGGCCGCCUCCCCCGCCUGUACCUGAAGGCAGAACAGGAACGGCAGCACAAUUACCUGAAGGAUGGGCCUUACAUUACAGCAGAAGAAGCAGUGGCUGUGUAUACUACCACUGUGCAUUGGUUGGAAAGCCGUAGAUUCUCUCCCAUCCCAUUCCCUCCACUCUCCUACAAGCAUGACACCAAGUUGCUCAUCCUAGCUCUGGAACGCCUCAAGGAAGCUUAUAGUGUGAAGUCUAGGUUAAACCAGUCUCAGAGGGAAGAGCUGGGUCUGAUCGAGCAAGCCUAUGACAACCCCCAUGAGGCUUUGUCCCGCAUCAAGCGUCACCUCCUCACGCAGAGAGCCUUUAAGGAAGUGGGCCUUGAGUUUAUGGAUCUCUAUAGCCACCUGGUGCCAGUGUAUGACGUGGAGCCCCUGGAGAAAAUAACUGAUGCCUACCUGGACCAAUACCUGUGGUAUGAAGCAGAUAAGCGCCGUCUUUUCCCACCCUGGAUCAAGCCUGCCGACACGGAGCCGCCUCCACUGCUCGUUUACAAGUGGUGCCAAGGCAUCAAUAACCUGCAGGAUGUGUGGGAGACCAGUGAGGGCGAGUGCAAUGUCAUGUUGGAGUCCCGCUUUGAGAAGAUGUAUGAAAAGAUUGACUUGACCCUGCUUAAUAGGCUGCUGCGACUCAUUGUGGACCACAACAUAGCUGACUACAUGACAGCCAAGAACAAUGUUGUCAUUAACUAUAAGGACAUGAACCAUACAAACUCAUAUGGGAUCAUCAGAGGCCUGCAGUUUGCCUCUUUCAUUGUACAGUACUAUGGCUUGGUGAUGGAUUUGCUUGUAUUGGGAUUGCACCGGGCCAGUGAGAUGGCUGGGCCUCCUCAGAUGCCAAACGACUUUCUCAGUUUCCAGGACAUAGCCACUGAGGCUGCUCACCCAAUCCGACUCUUCUGUAGAUACAUUGAUCGCAUUCAUAUUUUCUUCAGGUUCACAGCAGAUGAAGCUCGGGAUCUGAUCCAGCGUUACCUGACGGAGCAUCCAGACCCCAAUAAUGAAAACAUUGUUGGCUACAAUAACAAGAAAUGCUGGCCCCGAGAUGCCCGAAUGCGCCUCAUGAAGCAUGAUGUCAACUUGGGUCGGGCAGUGUUCUGGGACAUCAAAAACCGGCUGCCACGAUCAGUGACUACAGUACAAUGGGAGAAUAGCUUUGUGUCUGUGUACAGUAAAGACAACCCCAACCUGCUGUUCAACAUGUGUGGCUUUGAGUGCCGCAUCCUGCCUAAGUGCCGUACCAGCUAUGAAGAAUUCACCCACAAGGAUGGGGUCUGGAACCUUCAGAAUGAGGUUACCAAGGAGCGGACAGCGCAAUGUUUCCUGCGUGUGGACGAUGAGUCGAUGCAACGCUUCCAUAACCGAGUUCGUCAGAUUCUAAUGGCCUCUGGCUCCACCACCUUUACCAAGGUAUGUUGGGCCCUAAGGCUCCAAUUCUCUGCCAUUCUCUGUCUGUCUUUGUCCUUUUCAACUCCUGCUGUGCAUGUGCUCAUCCCCCAGUCUGACCUCAGGUGGUCCAAGCAAACCGAUGUGGGUAUCACACACUUCCGUUCAGGAAUGAGUCAUGAAGAAGACCAACUGAUUCCCAAUUUAUACCGCUACAUACAGCCGUGGGAGAGUGAGUUCAUUGACUCUCAACGGGUCUGGGCUGAGUAUGCACUCAAGAGACAGGAGGCUAUUGCUCAGAACAGACGGCUGACUUUAGAGGAUUUAGAAGAUUCAUGGGAUAGAGGCAUUCCACGGAUCAAUACCCUGUUCCAGAAGGACCGGCACACAUUAGCUUAUGAUAAAGGCUGGCGUGUCCGAACUGACUUCAAGCAGUAUCAGGUUUUGAAGCAAAACCCCUUCUGGUGGACACAUCAGCGGCAUGAUGGCAAGCUCUGGAACCUCAACAACUACCGCACAGAUAUGAUUCAGGCCCUAGGUGGCGUGGAGGGCAUUCUGGAGCACACUCUCUUCAAGGGCACUUACUUCCCUACCUGGGAAGGUCUGUUCUGGGAGAAAGCCAGUGGCUUUGAGGAAUCCAUGAAGUGGAAGAAGCUAACCAAUGCUCAGCGAUCAGGAUUAAACCAGAUUCCUAAUCGUAGAUUCACCCUCUGGUGGUCCCCCACAAUCAAUCGAGCCAAUGUAUAUGUAGGCUUCCAGGUACAGCUGGACUUGACAGGAAUCUUCAUGCAUGGCAAGAUACCCACACUGAAGAUCUCUCUUAUCCAGAUAUUCCGAGCUCACCUGUGGCAGAAGAUCCAUGAGAGCAUCGUGAUGGACUUAUGUCAGGUCUUUGACCAGGAAUUGGAUGCACUGGAAAUUGAGACAGUACAAAAGGAGACAAUCCAUCCCCGAAAAUCCUAUAAGAUGAAUUCUUCCUGUGCUGACAUACUACUCUUUGCUUCCUAUAAGUGGAAUGUCUCCCGGCCCUCACUGCUGGCAGACUCCAAGGAUGUGAUGGACAGCACAACUACACAGAAGUAUUGGAUUGACAUCCAGUUACGAUGGGGAGACUAUGAUUCCCAUGAUAUCGAGCGCUAUGCCCGGGCCAAGUUCCUGGAUUAUACCACAGACAACAUGAGUAUCUACCCUUCUCCCACAGGUGUGCUCAUUGCCAUUGACCUGGCCUAUAAUCUACACAGUGCCUAUGGAAACUGGUUUCCAGGCAGCAAGCCUCUUAUACAGCAGGCUAUGGCCAAGAUCAUGAAGGCAAAUCCUGCCUUGUAUGUAUUACGUGAACGGAUCCGCAAAGGACUGCAGUUGUAUUCAUCUGAGCCCACUGAGCCUUAUCUGUCCUCUCAGAACUAUGGUGAACUCUUCUCUAACCAGAUUAUCUGGUUUGUGGAUGACACCAAUGUCUAUAGAGUGACCAUCCACAAGACCUUUGAGGGGAACUUGACAACCAAACCCAUCAACGGAGCCAUCUUCAUCUUUAACCCACGUACGGGGCAGCUUUUCCUCAAGAUAAUCCAUACAUCUGUGUGGGCUGGACAGAAGCGUUUGGGUCAGGUAAGAACACACAUAAUGAACAAUAAGUUUAAAAAACAGUGCCAUAUUGCAGGGUACCUAUAUGGGGUGAGUCCUCCAGAUAACCCUCAGGUGAAGGAGAUCCGCUGUAUUGUGAUGGUGCCUCAGUGGGGCACUCACCAGACUGUGCACCUUCCCAGCCAGCUGCCCCAGCAUGAGUACCUCAAGGAGAUGGAACCCUUAGGUUGGAUCCACACUCAACCCAAUGAGUCUCCCCAGCUAUCACCCCAAGAUGUCACCACUCAUGCCAAGAUCAUGGCUGACAACCCAUCUUGGGAUGGCGAGAAGACAAUUAUCAUCACCUGCAGCUUCACCCCAGGCUCCUGCACACUGACAGCCUACAAGUUGACCCCCAGUGGCUAUGAGUGGGGCCGACAGAACACUGACAAAGGCAACAACCCCAAAGGCUACCUGCCCUCACACUAUGAGAGGGUCCAGAUGCUCCUCUCAGACCGAUUCCUCGGCUUCUUUAUGGUUCCUGCCCAGUCCUCCUGGAAUUACAACUUUAUGGGUGUUCGGCAUGAUCCAAACAUGAAAUAUGAGCUGCAGCUGGCAAACCCCAAGGAAUUCUAUCAUGAGGUCCAUAGGCCCUCCCACUUCCUCAACUUUGCCCUCCUGCAGGAGGGUGAGGUCUACUCUGCAGACAGAGAGGACCUCUACGCCUAGUUAUUUUCUUGCUUCCUUCUGCUUCGGAUUCCCCAAAGGCUGGAGCCCAUAGACAAGCUGCUGACAUUCAGCAGCCUGGCCCCUUUUGUGUUUUGUGUUUGUGUUGUUGAUAGACUGUAAUCCUGAACAAAAUGUAAUAAAUUUUGUAUAAAUAGGA